CAUAAUUUAAUAUAAUAAGCGUUUUUUUGAAAACAUUUUUUGUUAACGAUGUACCUUCAGCAAGACUAGAAAUCAUGAGAAUGACCUUAUCAGUCUUAUUGCUUAUUAUUUUUGGUGCAAAUGUAGCGAUUUUGCAGAGAUAUGAUGGUUAUCCAUAUGAAGCAGAUUUCCUGGAUAUGGAUCCUGAUUCGAUUUUGGAAGAGAACGCUAUAAUUACAGCAAAUGCCACAUGUGGUAUAAACCGUAAAGAAUAUUUCUGCCGGCUUGUUGAACAUGCUGAUGGCUUUAUCACAUACGAUGGUCGCCUACACCGAACACCAAGGGAAGUUUUGACUUACAGCCAGGAAGCCAAGUCUUAUCGUGACCCAAGUGGGCAAUGGGUGCAAUGUGGUUAUUGUGAUGAUAGAGAUCCUAAUUUACGGCAUCCAAUUGAAUACGUUCUCAGUGGUGAGGCCAAUUUGUGGUGGCAAAGCCCAUCUUUGGCACAAGGUUUACAAUACCAUGCGGUUACAAUCACUAUGGACUUUCGUCAGGUAUAUCAAAUAGUCUAUGUUCUUCUACGUAUGGGUGAUAGUCCUCGGCCAGCCAAUUGGAUCCUAGAACGUUCAGUAGAUGGUGAAGUAUAUCAUCCAUGGGUAUUUUUCGCUAAAACUGAAUAUGACUGUAAGAAGUUAUACGAACCGUUAAUUGAUCGACCACUAACUAUUACAAGUGGACCAAGACCAUGGCAUUUGGGUGAUGAUGAAGUUUACUGUACAACAUUUUACAGUCAACCUCAAGCAUUACAAUCAGGUGAAAUUAUUGUAACUUUAACAUUAGAUCGUGAAAGUACCAUAUCUACUGAAUCGGGUCUUGAAAGUCCUAUAUCAUCAAAGUUAAUUGAUUUCUUGUCUGCACGAUUUGUACGAUUACGUUUUCAACAAUUACAAACACUUUCUGGUGAUUGGAUGGCUAUGCCAAAUCAAUUAGACAGUUCAGUUUAUAAUAGGUAUUAUUACUCAAUUCGAACGAUUAAAGUUGGGGGAAAAUGUGUAUGUAAUAGUCAUGCUAGUCGAUGCGAACAGAAAGUAAUUGAUGGUGUACCUCGAGCCGUGUGUGACUGUCAACAUAAUACAUGCGGAAACAAUUGUGAAAAGUGUUGUCCAUUGUUCAAUCAACAACCAUGGCGUCCAGGAAGAAUAUGUGAAGAGUGUAACUGUAAUCAAAAGGCAGAUGAAUGUAUUUAUAAUCAAACAGUCGCUAAUCUUCGUUUAAGUAUGCGUAAAGAUGGUGUUCUAGAAGGUGGAGGAGUCUGCUUAAACUGUCGUGAAGAUACAACUGGUGUAAAUUGUGAAAAAUGUAAACAAGGUUAUUAUCGCCCAUUAAAUGUCCGACCUGACUCACAAUAUCCUUGUAGACCAUGUGAAUGUAGUACUUUUGGUUCAACUGGUGACUGUACAUCUAAUGAUGCUGAAAUACCAGAACGAUAUCCCGGAGAUUGCAUCUGUAAAGAAGGUUAUGCAGGUAGACGUUGUGAUGAAUGUGCUGAAGGUUAUCAACGUUCUAACAUUGAUCCUCAAUUAUGUAUACCAUGUACAUGUGAUAUUAGAGGAAGUCAUCGUGGUCCAGGAUAUCAAUGUGAACCACCAUGUAAUUGUAAGAUUAAUGUUGAUCCAGAUUCUUAUUGUAAUACAUGUCAAAAAGGAUUUUUCAAUUUAGAUGUUAAUAAUCCAGAAGGUUGUCAAUCAUGUUAUUGUUCUAGUCUUACUGAUCAAUGUACUGGUGUUACACCAACUACUGCAAUGAUGCUGGAAAGAAAAGGAUUACUUGGUCCAGUCAACACUUUAGCGAAUUGGAAAAUUAUUGUACCAAGCUUAUCUACACCAGAUACAAGUUACACAAUACCAAUGAUAGAAACAUCUGUACAAUAUGAUAAAGUUUUAUUUGCUCAAACACGUGCAGUUGAAGGUUGGCUUUCAUCAGUUACUUCAACACCAGUUACACGCGGUUAUUAUUGGUCUGCACCAGAAGCAUAUUUAGGCAAUCAAAUAACAGCUUAUCGUGAUACAUUGAAUAUUAUUUUACGUUUUAAUUCACCUACUAUGUUAACAUAUCGUACACCGACAAUAAACACGGACAUAUCAGGCAGUAGACAAUUUUCUUUAUCAAUGGCUAUGACUGAUCACUUAAAUUAUAUGUGGCUACAUGAACCAGACAUAGUAAUUGAGGGUAAUGGUUAUCGACUAGUUCAUAUGCUAUCACCAUCCUAUCGUGAAAGUCAUAUGAUUUUAAAUAUUCCAUUAAGUGAAUCAUCAUUUCGUGUAAUUGUUGAACCGCCAACCUCUAUACCAUUAGAUCGUUUCCCUAUAAGUUGGUUACAGGGUGAUCAAUUAAGAUUUGAUGAAUCAACAUUGGAACGAGUUGGUCGACCAGCAACAAUAGCUGAUAUAAUGACUGUGUUAUCCAGUAUAGACAGAUUAUUGAUUAAAGCUAAAUAUAUUACUGAUCAAACAACAACUGAAUUAAUGUCUGUUACACUUGGUCGUGCAUUACGUUAUGAAACUGGUGGAAUACCAAAUAUUGAAGAAUGUAUUUGUCCAAAUGGAUAUUCAGGAUCAUCUUGUGAAUCAUGUGCAAUUGGUUAUUAUCGUGAUUAUCAAAAACAAUCAACGAUACAGACUAAUCAAAGUUCUUUUACUUCAUCAACAGCUUUAUCAUUAUGGCGUUCAACUAUGAUGACACAAUUACCUGUUUGUGUACUAUGUGAAUGUCAUGGACAUUCAGAUAUUUGUGAUGAGAAAACUGGAGUAUGCAUUGAUUGUACUCAUAAUACUGCAGGAGAUAAAUGUGAUGUAUGCGCACCGGGAUUUUAUGGGGAUCCACGAACCGGUGACCCAACAGCAUGUAAAUCAUGUGAAUGUCCUCAUUUAGAUUAUCAAAUGACUACAAUUUGUUUGGCACAUGAAGAAGAAGUAUUUAAAGAGGAAAAACCUUAUGUUUGUUUGGAUUGUACAGAAAAUACUCGAGGUCGAUAUUGUGAAGUAUGUGCAGAAAUGUAUUAUGGUGAUCCACUGAAUGGAGUGCCAUGUCGUCCAUGUAAUUGUGGACCCGCUGCUAUAGGUUGCAAUUCAACAAAUGGAGCUUGUAUCUGUGGAUUUAAUACAGCUGGACCGCAAUGUGAUGCAUGCGCUGAAGGAACGCAUGGAGAUCCAACUAGAGGACAACCAUGUAGACCUUGUAAUUGUCAUCCAAAAGGCAGCAUCUCUCCAUCAUGUAGACUUGAAGAUGGUCAAUGUAAUUGUUUAUCAACAUAUGAAGGUGUUAGAUGUGAUCGUUGUAUAUCUGGUCGUGGUAAUACAGAAGCUGGUUGUCCACCAUGUCAAUGUGAUCCUAUUGGUACCAGACCAGAAUAUUUAACAUCAUGUGAUCCUGUCUCUGGACAAUGUUCUUGUAAACCAGGAGUUGGUGGUACUUUAGACUGUUCAACAUGUCAAGUAGGAUAUUAUAAUCUAGGUCCAAAUGGAUGUACAGAGUGCAAAUGUACUUCAAGAGCAAUCGAUCGAACAUGUAAUCCAAUCACUGGUCAAUGUAAAUGUGGUGAGAAUGUAAUUGGGGAUACAUGUGAUAAAUGUUUGCCUGGAUUCUAUUGGAAUAACACUGGAUCAAAUUGUUUACCAUGUAAUUGUGGAAUUGGAACUGAAUUAACUAGAACAUUAACUCAGUUAACUGAAUGUGAUAUGAAUACUGGUCAGUGUAAAUGUGCUCCACAUGUAGUAGGACGAGACUGUACAGAAUGUGAAUUAGGAUAUUUUGGUGUUUCUGAAAAUGGUUGUAAACCUUGUUUGCCUUGCCCAAAUGGUCAAGUUUGUGAUCAGAUUACGGGAAAAUGUAUUUGUCCACCAAAUACUGAAGGUGAUCGAUGUGAUAGAUGCGUUGUUGGUUCAUGGGACUAUAAUCCAGUGAUUGGUUGUAAAAAUUGUAAUUGUUCGAUAGAUGGUUCCGUUAUAGGCCUUGAAGAUCAAUGUGAUUUAACCACGGGACAAUGUACAUGUAAACCAGAAUUUUCAGGUCGUGCAUGUAAUGAAUGCAGUAAGGGUUAUUAUGGUUAUCCUUAUUGUAGAAAAUGCAACUGUGAUAUGCGUGGUACUGCAUGGGGAAAUCUAUCCAUAUCAGAUACGGUUGUACCAUGCAAUCCAAUUGAUGGACAAUGUAACUGUAAAGAAAAUGUCGAAGGUGAUCAAUGUGAUCAAUGUAAACCUGGAACUUUUGGUUUGAAUAUUGAUUAUCCACUUGGUUGUUAUACAUGUUUCUGUUUUCCAACUGGUACAUCAUCUCGUUGUAGUCUAUUGACAGGUUAUCGUUCAGUUCCAGGGAAAGUGAAAGGAGUUGAAAUAAUUUCUACUGAUGAUCCACGUUAUCCAGGUGGACCGUUAAUUGAUUUAAAACUUGGUUUAAAAGAUAUUGAUAUAAAUGAAUUAACUAUUGGUUUAAGUCAAUUCAGUUGGCGUUUCUCUGUGCAUCGUCCAACUCAUUUAGAAAUACCAGAAUUAAAGGGUUCAUUAAUGCGUAAUUAUGGAAGUGUACUUAUAGGUGUAUUGACAGAAUGUCUACCUACUGGUGAUUGUAAACUUGGCAUUGAAGAUGCACAAACUACUAACAUAUUGUCAAAUAGAGAGGAUUUACCCGGAGGGUUAAUUAUACGUAGAAAUGAUAUUGUAGAUGCUCGAAUGACAGCAUUAAAUGGUUAUAUCGAAAUGGAAUAUCAACCAUCUGAAAAUUCACCUACAUCUAUUGCGGAUGGUUAUCGUCAAAUUUGGCUUCGUGAACAAGAUUGGGUAAUAACACGUGUAUCUGGUAUUGAUACACGUGUUCGACCAACACGUAAUGAAUUAAUGUUAGCUUUACUUAAUGUUACAUCAUUCAGUGUACGUUUAUUUAUGCCUGAAGCAAGACCCAAACUUGUGAGUGUAAAAUAUAAAAUUUAUCAACCACGUACAGAAAUAACAACACUAUCUGGAAUCGAAAUUAAAACAAUCGAAAAAUGUGAAUGUCCACCGACUGCAUCCGGUGAUCAUUGUGAGAUUGCUUCGUCUGGAUUUUAUUUCCCACCAAUUAAACCGAAACCUGGACGUGAAAUUCUACCACCAACUGCCAUAAUUGAUCCUACUCUUCCAACAGGACACAUCAUUUGGGAAGGUGGAGCACAGAAAUGCCGUUGUCAUGGUAUGUCCUCAAAUUGUGAUCCAGUCACUGGAAUAUGCUUGGAUUGUACCGGUAACACAGAAGGCCCAGACUGUGGGAAAUGUGCUACAGGUUAUAUGGGCGAUCCAAAAAUUGGACAACCAUGUGUUAAAUGUCAAUGUCCUACCGAACAAACCGAUUAUGCAAUCACAUGUACACCAUCAACUGAUCCUUCACUUUUACCACAUAAAUGUAUUUGUAAAGUAGGCUAUGCUGGUUUACGAUGUGAACAAUGCGCUCCUGGCUAUUAUGGUGAUCCAACAAGCAUGAUUGCUUGUCAAGCAUGUGAUUGCGAUAGUGGAGGAUCAAGAUCGGAGACAUGUAAUCAAGACACUGGACAAUGUGAUUGUUGGCCUGGUAUUAAAGGGCGUAGAUGUGACCAAUGCGAAGAAGAUCAUGUUGUUGAUCAUGGAACAUGUCGUGAUUGUCGUGGUCCAUGUACCGGUGAAUUACUUAUUAAAUCUGAUUAUGUCAAAUUACAAAUUGAUGGAUUAAAUAUUACCACUUUAGCUUAUCAAGGUUUAGCUAAAUUAAAACAACAAAUAGAUAUGAAUAAGAAACGUUUUAUACCAUCACGUAUUCAAUUAGAAAAUGAAAUUCUAUCACGUACAAAACAAUUAUUUCGACAAUUGAUUGAAAUCAAUCAAAGUUAUAUAAGAAUAUUUAAUAAUUAUCAAGUAUUUGAUCAAUCGAAUUGUGAUAUUUUAGAACAAAUCAAUACAUUGUAUAAUCAAUCUAAUUUAAUAGAAAAUCAAUUAAAUAAUUGGAUUAAUCGAUUAAUGAAACAAGAAUAUGGACAAUCAAUGAAUUUGCAUGAAUUAAAAAAUUGGCAAGAACAUUCCAAACAAAUUUAUACUAAUUUAAGUAAUAUACAAUUAAAUGAAACUAUAAUAUGGUUAAAUGAAAUAGAAAUAGAAAUUCAAAGAAUUAUUCAACGAAUUAAUGAAUUAAUACAAUCAAUAAUUAAUCAAAAUCAUAUACAAAUUGAUUUAAAUCAAUUAAAUCGAUAUCAGGAAUUACAAAAAUUUUUAAUUGAUUAUCAAACCAAUCAAAUAUAUCGUAUUAGUAAUGGUACCAAAUUAGCAAUAAAUGAAUUAGAUAUAGCAUUAAAAAAGGCGAAUACAUUAGUCGAUACUGUUAAAACGACAACAAGUUUAACAACAUUACAAUCCUUUAAUAAACAAUCACAUAAUUUAAAUGAACAAUUAUCCCAAUUAGAACAAUUACAUCCUAAUCAAGAACAAUUGAAUCGAAUUGAUACAUUAAAUAAUCUUCUUUAUCAAUUAAAUCAAAUACAAUUACCGGAUUCCAAACAAAUUUCUAUCCCAUCCGAAUUAUAUACAAAUAUCAUUGAACCAAUAGAACAAGAAUCACAACUUAUUCAUGAUAAAUUAAUCCCAACAGAACAAUUAAAUCGUACUUAUUUAGCUUAUAAUGCCUAUCAAUUAAUGAUAGAUAAUAUAAAAUUAGCUGAGAAUGCAACAAAUGAAGCAGAGAAUGCAUUUUUGAAUAGUACUACAACAAUAGAUGGUCAACAAAUUACAUGGCAAAAUCGUUUACAAUUCAUUAUUAAUAAACGUGAUUCUAUUACAAAUAGAUUAAAUAAUCAAUCAAUAAUUUAUAAUUCACAUAAUGAAACAUUAAAUUUAAUUGAUAAACAAUUAGAAACUACUGAUAAUGAUUUAAGUACUUUAAAUCAAAUUGCUUUAAAUAAUUUAAAAUUAACUAAAAAUAUAGUUAAUAAAGUUGAUUCAAUACAACAAUUUUUGAAAGAUACAAAACCCCUGGUUCAAAAUGCCUCGGAUAAAUUACAAGUACAGUUAGGACGUUAUAAUGGAUUACAUGAUCGUUUACAAGAAAUGGAGAAUCGAUUUUCUCAAAUACAAGGAACAGCUAAAACUCUAGUUGAUCGAGCAAAUAUUACUCAAUCCUAUUUAAUUAAAUCAAUUGAUGAAGUUGAACAUGUUGCUAGACAAUUAGAUUCAAAAUUGUUAAAUUUACGACGAUUAGCUGAUGAAGCACGUUCAAUGCUUGAUGUGAAUUAUGGAUCAUUAUCUCAUGAUCCAGUACCUUUACAAUUAGGUCAAGAUUGUGUAUACACAUUGGUUCCUUAUAGUCUAACAAAAUCUCGAGUGUUUGAUGUUGAAUUUUGGUUUAAUUUGAAUAAUUUACCAACUUUAUCGAGUAUAAGUAGUGUAUUAAUGGUUGGACGUAGAGCUUUUGAAGGACAUACACAAAUGUUUGCAUUCACUGUUGAAGCACCUGAUAAUAGACUACGCUUUUCAUGGAAUACUCCAAAUGGAAUCCUAGAAUUAGGUCCAAUUGCAAAAAAUACUUGGUAUCAUACACGUGUUACAUCAGUUGGUGGUGAGACAAGAAUGAUACUUAUGGAACGAUCAUUUCAAGAUCAUGGUGAUGUAUUUCCCGAGAUGAAACAAACUUCUACAACAAAUGGAACACUUGAUCAAGAAGCAAAUCUUAUUAUGGAUAGACAAAUGGAAUUACGUAUUGGAGGAGUUAUGCAACCUAGUAGUCGUUUAAGUAACCCGGAAGCAUGGGGUGAUAAUGGUGCUGAGGAAUUCUGGUCACGACUUAUGUCAAUGGAAUCAAUUAAAUUUUGUAUGUUCAACUUAAGAUUAAGUGGGACACCUAUUAGUAUUGCUAAUUUUGCUGAUGCUAAUCCUGAAUGUUCUAAGCCAAGAGAAUAUCAGUGUCAGUUACCGUGAGUUUUUUAUAGCCAUUGAUUUGUUUGUUAAUUUAUUGAAUUUAAAUCAUUUUAAGUGUACUAUUGAACCAAUGAGAAUUGAGAAAG